AUGUCUGAGCCGUCUCUAAGCAGCACGCAGAUCAAUACGUUGCGUGAUUCAGAGCUGGAGCAAUGGAAAACACAGGAAAACGCUGCCGAUCUCAUGGUGCCGCUCAUUGGGCGUCUCUACCGUGAGAACAACGUGGUGAGCGUGAUCUUUGGCAAGGGCCUCGUACACAAAAACAGUAUUGAUCUCAUCAAGCUGCACAAUUUUGUCUGCAAGUACGUGGGCCAGCACAUGCAGCCCACUGAGACACUCGUGGUGCUAUUGGCGCUCGUGCAUUACGCGCCCAAUGCGCGUGGCAUGCGCAUCGAUCUGGGCCGCACCUUUGUCUUUAUGGAGAAAGAGGUGCGAGACGUGCAGGCACAACUUACGUCCGAUGCACGUGAUGCCAAAGUGCGUGAGCUGGGCGAGCUACUGAACGACAAGAUGGCUUCGUUCGCCUCAGCGCCGGCCUUUACACCUAGUGAUGUAAUUCUCUAUGGCUUUGGCCGCAUUGGUCGCCUACUGGCACGUUUGCUUAUUGAAAAGAGCGGACCUGGUGUAAAACUCAUGCUACGUGCCAUUGUGGUACGCAAGGGAACGAAGGAGGACCUCAUGAAACGCGCCAGUCUAUUGCGUCGUGACUCGGUGCAUGGUCCGUUUCAUGGUAGUAUCACUUUUAAUGAGGAAGCCAAUGCCAUCAUUGCAAAUGGCAACCUCAUUCAGAUCAUCUACUCGGAUGGACCAGACAAGUGUGACUAUACCAAGUACGGCAUUAAUAAUGCUGUGGUCAUUGACAAUACUGGACGUUGGCGUGAUGCCGAUGCACUGGGACUACAUCUCAAGUCCCCUGGUGUAUCUAAGGUCAUUCUGACUGCACCUGCAAAGGGCACUGUGCCUACUAUCGUAGCUGGCGUGAAUGAACACAUGAUCGCAAGUACAGACAAUAUCUUCUCGGCGGCGUCGUGCACAACAAACGCAAUUGCGCCGCCACUGUUUGCUCUGGAUAAGAAGUUCGGUAUCGUUGGCGGCCACAUUGAGACGGUGCACUCAUUCACAAACGACCAGAAUCUGAUCGAUAACUACCACAUGAAGGAGCGUCGUGGACGUAGUGCUGUGCUCAACAUGGUCAUCACGGAGACGGGUGCAGCUGCUGCUGUGGUCAAGUGCCUCCCCUCACUCAAGGACAAGCUAACUGCCAAUGCUAUCCGCGUCCCCACACCGAAUGUGUCACUGGCUAUUCUAAACGUGCAGCUGGACCCGACCAAGGCGGAGGGUAUCACCAAGGAGGCAAUCAACUCGUUCAUGCAUAGGGUGUCGCUGGAUUCUCCACUACAGAACCAGAUUGAUUUCGUUAACUCAGCUGAAGUUGCCUCUUCGGAUUUCAUUGGCAGUCGUGCCGCUGGUACUGUGGACGGCAAGGCGACUAUCGUGGAUGGCACCAAGGUCAUUCUCUACGUCUGGUAUGACAAUGAGUUCGGCUACAGUUGCCAAGUCGUUCGUACUUUGCAGCACCUCAUGGGUAUCAACCAUGCCCAUUUCCCGGCGAAAGAGCAAGUUGCAGAAAUUGACCGAUCUCUCAACCUUACCUGGGACAUCUAG